GACAUUUCCAGUGCGUGUAAAAAAGUGUAAACAAAAACAGAGAAAUGCCUCUUCCUCCAGCAUUAUUGGCUCGUCUGGCCAAGAGAGGGAUCAUCGAAGGCGGAAAAGACGCGGAAAGCAUCCAGAAUGAGGAGAUCAUCGCUGAGGACUAUGAUGACAUCGAGGAGCCCGCGCAGUACGACUUUGAGCCGGUGAAGAAGCCCCCGGAGAACUUCUGGAGUGAGAGUCUGAAGCGGAGGAUCACCGAGGGCAACAGCUUGGGAUACAAGAACUGUCCCAACAAGUACAACAUCUUCCACAAAUGCACGCUGUUCUGCAUCAAUCGCUGGACAGAGAGAGUUGGCCACCAGUCCGAGGAGUACAAGAGGCGGAAGGAGAAGCUGCUGAAGCGAUACCCACUGCCGAAGCACUGGAUGGAGAUCUUCGACGAGGGCUGCGGCGUGCACUACUACUGGAACACGCAGGACGACACCGUGACUUGGCUCCCGCCCACGCAUCCCAAGGCGCACGUCUCGAAGAGUGCCGCGGUGUUGCGUAAGGAGCUGGACGAGGUGUCGCCCGAGGAAGAUCAGGACUCUGGGCUGCUGCCGGACACGGAGAUGAUUCCGUUGCCGCAGUCGGAAUCGGACUACGUCAAGUCGCAGAUGCCGCCGCCGAAGAAGCCAAAGGCCAGAGAUCUCGAAAAGACGCUCAAGGCGAAGUCCGAGCGGCGCUCUCGAGGCUACAAGCCACCCAAGGACCUGGAUGUGCUCGAUCCCAUGGAUCCCGCCUCGUAUUCUGACAUCCCGCGCGGCACGUGGGCGUCAGGACUCGAUCACGAGGACAAGAAGUCGGGCGUGGACACCACAGCGUCCGGAUCGCUGUACCAGAUGAGGCCCUAUCCGAGCCCUGGGGCAAUUCUGAAGAAGAAGGCCCAGGAAUCCGAGCAGAACAACUCUGACGACAGCGAUGGUGAGAAAUAAACAUAUUUAUUGUUUCGGCAGUCGAACACAGCUUUCAGUUCCCGGAUACUCGGGCAAGUUCAGGUUGUACUCUUCCUGCAGCGCCGGAGGCACGAAUCUGCCGCCCA